GCGCAUGCGCAGUCGUUUCUGUCGGCGAUGGGUGACGCGUUGUGGCGGGCGGAGUCGGGCACUCAGCUACUUGCACGGCUUGAGGGCAGAAGUUCUCUGAAGAAUCUUGAACCUUAUCUGUUUGCUGAGGAGGCAUCACCUGUUCAUGGAGAUGUCGUUGAAUUCCAUGGUCCAGAAGGAACAGGAAAAACAGAAAUGCUUUAUCACCUAGUAGCCCGCUGCAUUAUUCCAAAAUCAGGAGGAGGACUGGAAGUAGAAGUCAUGUUCAUCGAUACAGACUACCAUUUCGAUAUGCUUCGUCUAGUCACCAUUCUUGAGAACAGAUUGGCGCAAAGGAGGGAAGACAUGAUAAAGCAGUGUCUAGGAAGACUUUUUCUUGUGAACUGCAGUAGUAGCACUCAGCUGCUCCUCACUCUCUACUCCUUAGAAAACAUGUUUUGCACUCACCCCUCUCUCUGCCUAUUGAUUUUAGAUAGCAUCUCAGCUUUUUAUUGGAUAGACAGAAGCAAUGGAGGGGAAAACCUUAACUUGCAGGAGAUGAAUCUGAAGAAAUGUGCUAACUUCCUUGAAAAGCUUGUCAGAGAGCAUCAUUUGGCCCUCUUUGCAACCACACAGACACUUAUGCAGAAAUCUGCAAAUGCUGCAGAAAGCCCUUUUCCUUUAAAACCUCAGCAUGAAACUGAUAUAGACUACAGACCUUACCUUUGUAAAUCAUGGCAACAAAUGGUAACCCACAGGAUAUUUUUCUCUAAGCAGUGUAAUUCUGGCAACAGCACAGGUUUUACAGUCAUUUCUUGCCACCUUAAGAGAAACCAUGUAGUAAAGCGUUCAUUUAGUGUCGCAGAGUGUGGAGUUCAGUUUUAGCUUCAGUUUGAUUUUUAAACAUGUUGCAAAUCCUGAUGCUGAAGGCCUGAUUAGGGAUAGGUAGUAUUUUAGUACCUUUUAAACUAGUUGGUUGUUGGUGGGCGAUUAAGAAUUUUUGUAACCAUUUCCUUAAAAUUUAGCAAAGGGCAGGAAAUGGUAAAAUUUUUGAAUGCCUGUAGAUGUUCAGUCCAAACUACCGAGGAAUGUUGAAAUUACGUGUUUGUGAUUAAUACAUAAAGAGAUUAAAUCAAGAAAAUUAUAACCAAAGACAUUUUAAAGUCCUAGUAUCUUUUAGUAUUCCAGCCUAUGUGAUAUCUGACCAAAGGCACUGACUUCAUUUCUGGGUCUUACAGAUUUUCAUUCCUCUUCCAAGCUACAGAAAUAGAAGCCCAGUUGUCCAUGGGGUGGACUGCAAAAAGGCGAGUGUGCUCUCUGUAAAUAUUUGCCUUGGUUUAUUCCCAGUAGCCAUGGGCAUAUGAAAUGCAUUCACUACUCUGCCUGAAGCAGAGGAUUCAUUUUCACAGCCUGUUAAAUAGUGGUAAUCCUGACCAUGCUUCAGGAUCACAGCCCCUCCGUUUAUGUUAGCUUGGAGAAGCAAGGAUUGCAGGUGUUUCAACCCAUACAGACAUCUGGGUUUGAAGAAGCUACAACUGUUGCAGAAAUGGAGGCCUGAUUUCCAUAACUGAAGGAAAACUAAAGACCCCGCUUUGGGUACCUGUGAGGUUGUGCUGCAUGCAGAAAAUGGUUUGGUCUUUGAAAAUAAUGAAGUGUGUGUUAGGGAUUGUUUUGGGUGUGGGG